AUGGCGGCGAGCGGCGAGGGGGCCGGGGACGCGUCGGCCGCGGCCCGGCGGCGGUGGGAUCUCACCAGCAAAGGGGCGGAGACCAUUCCAAUGGUGAAAGAGGCUGCGGAAAUCUCCACGGACGAAGAAUCAGAUGGUGUUGUUAUAUGCCCACCAGAUGGCAACACUCGUGAUUGCGAGGAAGUUGUUAGUGGCAGUGAUCAUGAUAGUUCUCCAGAGGGCCAAGUAACUUCUGUAGAACCGGCCAUAGACGGAGAAACAGGGGAAGACAAGCUUAUAAACCAAGAUUCACUGAAGUUGAUUGAUCAAGAAAUGUCUGCUCUUCCUAAGUCACCAACAAAGCCUAGUAUGUCUGGAUCAGAGAAGUCUAAGCGUACUGUUCCUCAACCAUUCGCACUUUCAACUCAAAGAAGGGUCUCUGGUGGAGGAAAUGGUGGUGUGGCUCAUCCAUCCAGCAAUGGAGAAAAAUCUGGGCAAGGAAGUAGUGCCUCUCCAGCAAGCAUGAUAAAGAAGAGUACUCUGGUGACACCCAAGAAGAUGCCGCAACCUGGCCUUACAUUUCAACCUCAAGACGACGACUCCUGUUCAGUGACUUCUUCAACCACAGCUUCAGCACGAGCUGGCAGAACUAAGACAACUGUUGCCUUUGCUCCUACAUUUGUAUGUGACGACCGUGCUGACAAGAGGAAAGAGUUCUACACGAAAUUAGAAGAGAAGCACAAAGCUUUGGAAGCUGAGAAGAAUGAGGCUGAAACAAGGAAAAAGGAUGAGCAAGAAGCGGCUUUAAAACAACUAAGGAAGUCCUUGGUCAUCAGAGCAAAACCCAUGCCAAACUUCUACCAAGAAGGGCCCCCUCCAAAGGCUGAGCUUAAGAAGGUGCCUCCAACCCGUGCCAAGUCACCAAAGUUUACAAGGAGAAAGAGCACCGGCGACGGCACACCGGCGACCCCGGAGGCGGUGAACUCCAGCGCCGCAUCUCACAGGGCGCAUCGUCACAGCAUGGGGAACCCUAAAGACGCCAACAAAGCGCAGUGCUCCCCGAAGAACGGUGUAGGCGCCAAAGCCAGAGCCGUGAAACCCGUGAGCUGA